UAACUUAAAAGUUGCUGGACGCCACAGAGCUGUGAGAAACCGUUCAGCGCUGAGAAGAGACCGAACACCACAGUAAACAUGAAGGGUGGAAGCGAGUCCUACCGCUCUGCGUGUUUUAUAUAGAGUAAACACACACGCUGAACACACUGAGAGGAAAUAAAUAAUAACGCGGCCGCUCCCAGGCAUGAAGCGUAUCACCGAGCUAACCUACACUCAGCUCCCGGGACCCAGCCGCGCUCCUCCCGCCGCCGCCACCACCACCAGAGAGCCCACGGUGGACGAGUUUACCGUACACGAAGAUAAAGAACCCGAGUUAAAAUGCGCCAAACCGCGAGUGGAACAAGUUUUCCAAGUCUCGUUUACUAUCAUCGGCCUGUUGGACCCAAAUGGAGCGCACGGAAGUCAAGCGUCCAGGCAAAUCUGGCUUCAGCUCAAGGGGAAGAAAGAGGAUGUAUCGAAAGCUAAGGAGUAUGUUAAAGGCCUCUGUGACCCUGAGCUUCAGGAGGAGGAGAGAUACCCGGUGGAUAUGCACUGCAUCUUCGUCGGUGCCGGCGGUCUCUUCCUAGACCACCUGCUGCGAGACACGAGCGCUGAGGUGCAGGUACUGGAGCCAGGCCGCCUGAGGCUCCUGGGCUGCGCCGAAGCCGUGGUGAUGGCGCAGAGCCGAGUGCAGCAGUUUGUCGCCCUGUUUCAAGAGAAACGUAGCAUGCCUGCUGACCGAGAGCCCUCCGUCAAGCGAACUUUUAAGACUUUUGUAGAGGAGCGCGCAGACAAAUACACCAUGGAGCUGUUGCUCCUGCCAAGCGCUCUCAAGGAGGAGCUUUUGGGGCUGGUGCACAGUCCAACACAGCAUAUUGUUGUAGGCUUGGAGCAGGACCGCUCUCAGACCAGCACUCCCGUCACGGACCUCUCCAAUCAAAUUCUGGUUGCUUCCUUUGAAGACAAGGCAUCGUCGAGGGACAAGAAAUUCGAGGACAAAUUAUCCAGGCCUGUGUCCGUGCCCGAUGUGCUGGUGCUAAACGGGCGCCCGAAUCACAAGCGUCGCUCAUCCGAGAGCGAGCAGAGAGACACCAAAAGGCAGUACUCAUUGGAGAGAUGGGACGAGGAGCAGGACAGGGAGAAACAAAAGGACAGACGGGCACGGACCAGGCCCCUUGACAAAAGCGUCACGCUGGUACAGGACUCGGGUGAGACAUCAGACGAGGAGGAAGCCGUAAGCCCCAAGACCAAUCUGCGAUGCCUGGUGAACUUUUUUAAGACCAUGGGCUACCCACAGGACGUGGUGGAGCGCGUGGUACGUGAGACCGGCCAGACCGAAGACACCUUCCUGCUCCUGGAGCGCAUAGUGGCAGAGAGCAAGAGGGUCGAGAAGACACAGGACGCCUCCACUAUGGCUAAAUCAGCCCCAACAACCAGCGACUUUAAUUCCACUUGCGUCCGACUCAAGGAGAAGGAGCACGUGCAGGGCCGAGCGCUAACGGAGAUCAAGUUAAAAGAGAACAUAAGAGUGCCCAGCAGUAAUGGUUGGAGCCAGAAGAGCCAGACCAUCCCUACAAUAAGUCUGGACAGCGAUGAUGAUGUGGUCGAGGUAGGGAGGAAGUGCAGGACAGUUGGCCCACUUGAGCGUAAACCAGACUCCAUGUUUGAUUACUUGUCACGGGGAGGCUCUCAGACUGUUGGUCCUACGCGGAUGGAAACGGUGAUGCCUCUGCGCAGCUCCGCUACGGAGUCACGCCCGGGGUGCUCCUACCAGACCAUCAGUACACGGUUGUCACCGGUGCGAACAGAGCCACCAGCGCCCCCCAAGGCCAUUCCUCUCACAGGGAUGUCGCGCUUUCAGCAGUCCUUGCGCACCCCGUAUCGCCUGGCCUUAAAGGACGUCCCCGGACGCUCGGACCUCCGGCACGUUAUUAUAGACGGCAGCAACGUGGCCAUGGCGCAUGGACUGCAUCGAGUGUUUUCAUGUCGAGGGAUUGCCAUUGCCGUGGAGGCCUUUUGGCAAAGGGGACAUCGCGAGAUCACCGUCUUUGUCCCCCAGUGGAGGCAAAAAAGAGACCCCAACAUUACUGAACAACAUCUCCUUAAUCAGUUAGAGGACUUGCGAUUGCUGUCUUUCACCCCAUCCAGGGAGGUCUGUGGACAAAGAAUAGCUUCUCACGAUGACAGAUUCCUGCUUCAUCUGGCAGAGAAGACGGGAGGCAUCAUUGUCACCAAUGACAACCUGAGGGAUUUCGUUGCCCAGUCUGAUGCUUGGGCAAAGAUUAUCAAAGAAAGGAUUUUACAGUUUAUCUUUGUGGAGGAUCACUUCAUGAUCCCAGAUGAUCCUUUGGGAAAGCGUGGGCCUCACUUGGAUCACUUCCUGCACAAAGAUAGCCGGCCGAAUGUUGUCACGCCCCCUCUUAGAAGGGAUCUGCUGGCCACAUCUCAUCCACCACAUUUCGGCCCACCCGACUGGCAUCCACCUCACCCGCCUCCUAAUCCGCCGUCACAGCGAUCGCCAUUGGAAACCACGGAGCUGAAAAGGAGGCUAUACGACAUUUUCCCUGACCAGAAGCAGCUCAUCGACCGCAUACUCAACGAAAAUCCUUACAUGCGAGACCUGAACGCGCUGUCGGGGCUGUUACUGGGAUGAGCACUUCCGGUUCAGACAUGUGACUAAUACAACGGACUACAGUUUUACCAGGGAGAGUGUUUGGUUUCUACAAAAGACGUUGUGGUCACUUUGUUUGCUUUAAGGUUUUCUCUACUGCUCUGUUUUUAACAUUACUGAAUCCUCCAGUGUAGCUACAAGCACAGCUAAUACACUUUAGCUUGAAUUUGCUUUGAACAGAAGUGUCAGAUCUUAAGAGAUGUACAGUCCACGUGGCAUAUAUUUAAUGUAAAUGUUUAAUGCAAAUAUUCUGGUUAUCAUUUAUUAAUGAUACGAGACGAAAUCUUUGUUCUAAAAGGUAAACCAGCUACACUGUUCUUAUUUACUGGCUUUGCAGCAAUGUCUGCUAAGAAACAUACCUUUUUUUGCUAGGAUUGUCAGUUUCAUGGCAAAUUCAUCAUUUUUUUCUUUAAUUUAUUAUAGCCUGAUUAAGUGCCAUAAGAAUCAGAUGACAAAAUGUACUUUGACAUGAACCAAUCAUCAUUUAAAUUCAAAUAAACAAUGUUUUUGGGGUUGCAUUUAAAAUUGCAUUUAAUAGAAACGGUCUAAACACUCACUCACUUUCUUAACCGCUUAUCCAGUAAUGGGCGGGGGUAGGGGGGAGCCCAUCCCAGCUUUUCAAUAGGCGCUUAGGCACACAGUAUCACCCUGGACGGGGCGCCAGUCCAUCGCAGGGCAGACACACAUACACACAGCCAUUCACCUAUAGGGCAAUUCAGUGUCUCCAGUUAACCUGACUGCAUGUUUUUGGACUGUGGGAGGAAAACAGAGCUCCAGGAGAGGAAACCCACGCAGACACGGGGAGAACAUGCAAACUCCGCACAGAAAGGACCCGGACCGUCCCGCCUGGGGAUCGAACCCAGGAAACCUUCUUGCUCUGAGGCGACAGUGCUACCCACCGUGCCGCCCUGUCUAAACACUUCAAACUUUUUUUUUUUCAGUUUCCUUAUCAAGCCUGUUUCUGUUUAGAAUGUCUUAAAGUUCAUAGACACGUUGCUCAAUUAUCAAAUACUUCCUUUCCCAUCUUACAAUUGUGUAACACCAGCUUUACAGGAAGUGACUUCAAUGUGAAACUAAGUGGCUGACUUUCAUAUUGUAAUUCAUGUACAGAUUUCUACGUAAUGUAACCUCCAUGGAAAUGUUCCACAGCUCGUCAGUGUCUUCGCUUCGACCCUGUAAAUGUUUUUUUUUUUUUUUUUGCUGUCUUCAUUGUGCAGCAGUGGGGGUAUCAUUUAAAGGUUUGUAUAUAAUAUUGGGACUUGUGGAAUCCCUCUGAAUUUGAGAUAGUCAAGGCCUGGGCAGACAGCAUAUGAUCCUGGUGAAAUGUGGGUAUCUCACAGUGCAGCUGUUAAAAACAGCUGGUUUUCGUCAGUGGAUGAUGGUUUCAAUAAAAG